UUUAAAUUAUUAUAAUUCCAUGUACUAAGUAACUAGGUACUUAUCCUUUCAAGAUUUGCUACGAAAAUGAUCACAAUUAGUGUUUUGUUUUGGCUUUUGUUUGAUCAAAUCGCUGCGGAAGACAUCGCUAAGUACAUGGCGGAAAGGGCAAGGACAAUGGAAGUGGAUUCACAAAUUACUCUAGGACAGAAAUUGGUCCUUUCGGAGAAAAAAUUACGCGUAAAUGACAAACUGAUGAAAUGCAAAAAUAUGGAUUUAGAUAACUCACCGAACAAUACGCAUUACUUGGACUUUUCUGGGUCGUUUUUCAAGUACAGGGAUGCUAUGAGGCGCUCCAAGUCAUAUGAGAUGAUCCGAAGGAUGCCCAAAGGAGCAUCGCUUCACGUCCACAGCUCGCUCAUGCUGGACCCAGAUGACUUAUUAAAGCUGACGUAUGAAGAUCAUUUAUACAUCUGUCUAACGGAAAACUACUUAGACUUUUAUUUCUCGAAACAAAAUCCAAAACGCAAUUGCUCCUACCAGUGGAGUCUACUGAAAGAACUUAGAAAGAAACAUGCAAAUGUUACUCAAUUUGAUAAGACGCUAAAAGAGCGCCUAACUUUAGGUCCCGAGGACGAUUUAACUGAUGAAAACAGGGUGUGGGAAGAAUUUGAACAUAUUGUCGAUGCAAUCUCAUCUCUGAUUGAGUACCGACCAGUGCGCGAAAAAAUGAUUUAUCAAUCAUUGCAAAAUUUAUAUGAUGACAAUAUUUUAUACGUCGAGAUCAGAAUAGGAUUAAACCCUCUUUACGAGCUGAAUGGGACAAUACACGACGAUCUUUAUAUGGUAUCGUUGUAUGAUCAGGUAGCAAGUAAAUUCAUGUUAGCCAACCCUGACUUUGCUGGAUUAAAACUUAUUCUGGCUUCUUUUAGAAAAGUAAAUAUAGAGAAAGUUGAAAAAGACCUCAAUUUUGCUCGGAAUGUAAAACAGACCCUACCUGAUGUGUUUGCUGGCUUCGAUCUUGUUGGCCAAGAAGAUAAAGGGAAAACUCUAAAGGAUUAUUUACCAGUACUAUUAAAAUCAAAAGGUGAAAUAGACUAUUUUUUCCAUGCAGGUGAAACUAAUCAGUUCGGGACGCCGGUGGACGAAAAUCUAUUUGAUGCUAUAUUGUUGGGAACUAAAAGAAUUGGUCACGGAACCGCCUUGUUCAAGCAUCCAGAACUGAUUAAGCUAGUUUGGGAAAAGGACAUAGCUCUAGAAGUGAAUGUGAUAUCAAACUCUGUGUUAUCAUUAGUUAAAGACUUGCGUAGUCAUCCACUGGCUGUAUAUUUGGUGCUGGGUCUACCCGUGGUGCUGUCGAGCGACGACCCCGGCGUGUGGGGCGCGAGGCCUGCGACUGACGACGUCUAUGUUGCCUUCAUGGCCAUCGCCAGUCAAAAGGCAGAUCUGAGGAUGCUGAAGCAGCUGGCGAUGAAUUCUAUAAAGUACAGUUCGUUAAACACUCAGAGGAAAGAGAAAUUGUUCGAGACUUUUGAGAAGAAAUGGAUAGAGUUUAUAAACUACGAGGACGAAAUACCCUAA